CCAAGCGCCACCGGGAGACACAAAGAGACCUCGGCCCCAGCGCGGCCCGGCGCGGGCCGCCCGGGCUCCCCUCGAAGGCUCAGGGCAAUGGCCGGGUCUCCGCGCGACCCCCCUCGCGGGAGCGCUUCCCUGUGCAUCUGACCGCCCUCCAGCCCCUCCAUCCCCUCCCCGUUCCGGGCUCCCCUUUCGCUCCCAGCGCUCUCUCCAGUCUGUCUGUCGGUCUGUCCCGGCGCGCAACCUCCGGCCACCGGCUUGGAUGGACGCGCGCAGGCUGCUCGGGUGUCCAGUGGUCUUGCUUCCGAAGUUGGUCUUGCUCUUUGUCUACGCAGACGAUUGCCUUGCUCAGUGUGGCAAAGAGUGUAGAUCUUACUGCUGUGAUGGGACCACACCCUACUGUUGCUCCUACUAUGCCUAUAUUGGGAAUAUCCUCUCGGGCACAGCAAUUGCUGGCAUAGUGUUUGGAAUUGUAUUCAUCAUGGGGGUCAUUGCUGGAAUUGCCAUAUGUAUCUGCAUGUGCAUGAAAAACAACCGCGGGACCCGGGUGGGCGUCAUCAGGACCACCCACAUCAAUGCCAUCUCCUCCUAUCCUGUGGCACCACCCCCCUAUAGUUACGACCAUGAGCUAGAAUACUGUGCAGACUUGCCUCCUCCGUACUCCGCGACCCCACAGUCUUCAGCACAGCGCUCUCCACCCCCUCCUUAUCCUGGAAAUUCAAGGAAAUAAUCCUUCUCCCAGAAGAGAAUAUGUGCCAGUCAUAGAUCUUGCCCAGAAUAAAAUGCCUCUACUUGGAAACAGAACAUCCCAGAAACAGGAAAAGAUUGCUCUAAGGAAUACUCUAUUGGGCCAGGUACUACGUCAGGUGGAAUGUCCAGGCUAAGAGAUACAGGGCUUCUCCUCUACUCAGAGCUGACCCCAUCUGGAGUAUUAUGCUUGGUUGGACGGAACCACGUUUGAAGAGAUAUUCUGAUCAACGUAAGCACAUUCAGAGAAGAGUAACGAGAUAAGCAAAACAUCUGAAAAUCAUGUUGCUUAAGGAACAGAUGAAGGAAAUUGCAAUAUUGAUCCAGGAAAAGAGAAGAUUUAUGUAAGACAGGAGAAUAGCCUGGAUUACGUAAGAAACAGCUGUAUUCUGUGUGGCUUUAAAAGUCAGAACUAGAAUUGUUCAUUCUUUCGUUGGUAAUAAAUGGAGAUCAAGUGCCUGAGGGCCUACUCUGUGCCUUACGCUGUGUGACGCACUGGUCGGAAGUUACAAGGGGGAACUUUGGUUUAUGAGAAAGAGCACCUGGAGCUUUCUUACUGACUAGAUUGCUUUGUGAAGCUCCCUGUUACCAAGACUUCAGACAGAACCUGGCUCACUAUCUGGUAGAGACAUGCUCUAGAAGGCAUAGCUAAAUCAAACGGUAGAUGGGUCCAUUAGGCCCCAAAAGUUCUGGUCAUGUCUUAGGUAGAUGUGAAGUGAAUUUCUGUGCCUCCCAGGAUGAAAACAACGGGAAUAGUUGAAUCUUACCUAUUUAAUUUGAGAGUUAAAACAGGAUCAGAAGGACUCAAUAGAUGCUUGAAACCAAGAACUCUUCAAUGCUAGCUACUGCCGCCUAAAAAUCAUCUGAUUUAGUGUGUUAUGACCAAGGUCAUUCCAAUUGUGAAAAAAAAUUGUAUCAAGUUCCACAAGCAACAAAUACUUCACUUCCAAUUAAAAGACAAGAAGCUAAAUAUUCCCAAGGGACUUUAUAUCAGGGAGUAAAAUCUCAGAACUUGAUAACGAAGAUAUACAGGAGCUUACAAAAAAGAUAGGGGAAAAAUGAACUGUGGAUUUCCUUCUGUGGAAUUCUAUUCAUGUAUAGCUUAGACAAAUUUAUGUUUCUCUUUCAUAAUAUUUUGAUAAUCUCGUCCCUUGAAAAAGUAAUACAGUUAAUGGAAAGGUUAAGAUAUUGACAUCAAACCAACGCCUUUUGCCAAAAUCCAAAUUUUAUGAAGUGCCUACCUUUAGGUAUAAAAGCUCUUAAUAAAUAAUUCUAACCUGCCAUAUUUUGCCGCAAAUGACUUUAACAUUUAUAUUUUUAUGUGGGUUCUUUCGUGUAUUUAAAAUUGCACGUUGAGCAAAUAUUGGGAAUCCAUGAUCAAAUUUUUGUGUCACCUUGCAAUUAAAUCUAAAAUGUUUAAUCUAACAUCAUCAUCAUAAUUCAGUGAAAUCCCAAAAUGAUGCUCAGAAUUUUGCUGAAUAAAACGAUCAACAGAAAUGUCUUGAGGUAUAAAUUAUAGUUGCCCUACUUGUAGUUAGGAAGCUUAGUAAUUAAUAUAAGUAGCAUAUUUUAUUUUCAAAUACAUCGAUCUGACUGAAAUACGGUCUCACUGCCAGUGAGAUCUAAAAGCUAGAUUUGUUUCGAAUGACUUGCUUGAUUUUUGAGCACUGAUGACUCUCUUGCUUAUGAAGACACAAAGCAUCGAAGAGUUCCAGCCUAUUCUAGUGACUGAGAUUUUAGCACAAUUUUAACAGUACAUAUGCUUUAAUUUAUCUCUCUUCUGUAAGUGUGAUCAGACCAAUUACACUGCAGCUAUGCAAUUCAAAGGGCCAGGGUCUCUGUGACUUCCAGAAUGUUGUUGCAAAUUCACCAUAUAUUCCUUAAGAAAAAUGAAGGGAAAAAGACCAGAGGAAAUUGAAUUCUCAUCAUCUUCACCGUCAAUAAACAUUUAUUGCAUACUUCUUAUGUCUUGCAAACAUUACCCACAUAGGAGCCAUUUGAGUCCACACUAUCUCUCUUCUUCGAGUUGUUUUAUGGCCUCCCUUAAGGAAUAUCACAAACCCAUAGACCAACAAUAGAUCAGUAUUUUUACUAUUUGUAUUUAGUGUCAUGAUAGCAUAAAUGUGCACAUUAUCAGUAUAGACUUUCAGAGUUCAUUGAUUAUUUUCAUUGAAGAUAGGGGGAAGAUAGUAUAUGAUGUGAAAGCUUUGAAUUAUGGUUAUUUAAAAACUAACAUAUUUGCUGUGGCCAGAGUGUUUAUAAUAAGCAAUAAAAUGAAAUAGCCUAUUAUAACAAUGGUUAUAUUUUAAUUGUCUUGUGUCCAUUUUGUUUCACUCUCCAUUCCUGCUGACUUAGCCUCAUUCUUCUAUAUGGGAAACACAGGACUGGAGCCAGAUAGACUUUAUUUUGAAUUCUGUCUCCUGCCUGUAUGAUUUGAGGCAGAGUACUUCAUC